AUGGCUACCCCUAGUGUUCUCGCUUUCGACGCUAAGGGUCGGGCCAUUGACUUUGAGGUCUGGGUCGACGACCUGCAGCUGAUUUUACAGUGCGAUAGGGCGGACGGUCUUUCUCUCUUUGACCUCACCUCUGGCGCCUCUCCUGCCCCUGCUGCUGAUGCUGACCCCACUGUUCGCUCUCAGUGGGCCACCCGCGAUGCUGCUGCACGUCUUGCUGUGCGUCGCCACCUGCCUACCACUGAGCUCACACGCCUCCCUGACUCCCUUCGCGUAGUCAGGGACCACUUCCUCUCAGUCUGUCCCACCACUCUCACUGUCGACCUCCUCGAGAAGGCCCUCCUGGCGGCGGAGAAGAGCAUAGUCGCCGUAGGAGCCUCUCGUGGUGACCCUCGCACCCCCAUCUUUGAGGGGUGUUCUCCCUCCCCCCUGCUCCCCUCUGUUGCCUCUGCUGCUGCUGCCGACCUACUUGGUCUUGAGUCGGUUGGCACGGCGUCUGCCCCUAGCGGGAGACGCCGCCCUGGCAAGGGCAAGGGGGGCAAGGGCGCGGGUGGAGCUGGCGGGGGCGGUGGAGGUGGCGGUGGAGCGGGCGGAGGGAGUGGGGGUGGUGGUGGGAGUGGUGGCGGGGGUGGCGGUGGUGGUGGCAGCAGCGGAGGCGGAGGCGGUGGCGGGGGCGGUGGUGGCGGAGGCGGAGGCGGCGGUGGUGGCGGAGGUGGAGGCGGUGGUGGCGGAGGGGGUGGAGCUGGACGGGGUGGUGCCCCGCAGUGGAGCAGCUCUGGUGGUGGUCAGCGCCAGCAGCAGCAGCAGCAGCAGCAGCGUUCUCGGGACAUCCCCCCGCCUCAGCAGCUCCGUGAGUGGUAG